AUGUUCUCCCUCCGAACCGUCUUCCGCGCCCCCGGUGCUCUCGGCCAGCUUAUCCCCUCUGUCUCCCGCCGGUCAUUCUCCGGAAUUGCCUCGACCCGUCCUAUUUCGCACAUGAUUCAGAGUGGCCUCACGAGGUUGCGCGCUCAAUCACAGACAUCCAAUGCUGUCUCUGCCGCCGUUGGCACCUCCCGGCAGAUUGGGCAGGUUCGGGGAAUGAAGACUCGGUCUUCGGUGAAGCGCCUGUGUGAUGGUUGCAAGGGAUUCCUAAGUGGUGGACACGAGAUACUGACUUCAAUUGUUCAGCCCGUGCGUCGAAAGAACCGUGUCUUCAUCAUCUGCUCGAAAAACGCCAAGCACAAGCAGCGACAAGGCAAAUAG